AUAGAGCUGUGCUGCAGGGCUGUUGACGGCUGACAGACACGAUGGACAAUUCGUCCAGUCUUGAUGGAGCUUCUCCACACUCCACUGCUGACUUCUGCUCAGCCGGUAUGAUCGUGCAGACUCACAACGCGACAACACCUCGACAAUGGCCACCACGGUCAUGAAGACGGGCGAGCAGCCCGCAGCGGCCGCCGUUGUAGACCCUGCAGAUAAGAAACAGCCUGCGCACUACCGCGGGUUUGUUGCCGGUGUUUUCUCGGGCAUUGCGAAGCUGUCAGUGGGACACCCGUUCGACACAGUCAAAGUGCGGUUACAGACGACCGACAAGUCGCACUUUCGCGGGCCAUUGGAUUGUCUGUUGCAGACAGUAAGGAAGGAGGGUUUCGCAGGACUCUACAAGGGUGCCACACCGCCGCUGGUAGGAUGGAUGUUCAUGGACUCGAUUAUGCUUGGCUCCCUCAGCGUGUACCGCCGUGAACUCAACGAUCAGUUUUUCAACCCUCCCCGACCGGGCCGUGAGCAGGGCAGGCUGCCUGUUGUGGGUCAUGCAAUGGCAGGCAUGAUGGCUGGAUGGACGGUAUCGUUCAUCGCAGCGCCCGUCGAGCACAUCAAGGCGCGCCUGCAGAUUCAAUACUCUGCCGACAAAAGCAAACGACUCUACAGCGGACCGAUCGACUGCCUCACCAAGAUCUUCCGCGGCCACGGCAUUCGCGGCUUGUACCACGGCCUGUCGGCGACGCUCCUCUUCCGCACAUUCUUCUGCUUCUGGUGGGGCUCGUACGAUGUAUUCACAAGAAUGCUGCAAAACAACACAAGCCUGUCGACGCCGGCAGUCAACUUCUGGGCUGGUGGUUUGUCGGCGCAGAUCUUCUGGAUAACAUCAUAUCCGAGCGAUGUGGUGAAGCAGCGCAUCAUGACAGACCCAUUGGGGCCUGAGAGGAAGUUCCCACGAUGGAGGGAUGCAGCAAAGGCCGUAUACAAAGAGAACGGAUUCAAGGGAUACUGGAGAGGCUUCGUGCCAUGCUUCCUGAGGGCCUUUCCUGCAAAUGCAGUUGCUCUGGUCGCCUUCGAGGGCGUGAUGAGGAGCUUGCCGGAAUGAGCGCGUCAGUGAGCAGGAGAAAAAGACGUGAGACAUGACCAAGACCUGCCACAGAUCCGGCACGGGAGCCGCACCCUCAAGUCGCCGGCCAAGCCGCCAUCAUCGGCAUUCAAUGAAGAUACCUGGCGGCAUCAGGCUGGGAAGAUACUCGAAAGGCCAAGCUUCGGGCGAAAGAGACCUAUAAACGGAUCGAGUUGUAUAUUGGGCUGCGCUGUAUAUAUACCACGGUGAUAAAAAUCUCAUCUCAAAUAUCGAGGAUCUUGAU